AUUUACGAACUGCGUCUAUCAAAAGUGAAAGUAAAGCUGCAGACCAAACCCUUUUGUCCGAGGACGUGAGUUCUCACUUUUCCAGGUUUCACGUGGACAUUAGCUCGAUUUAGUGACCUUGGAUUUAUUUCUAAAUCUGAACUGGGUCCUGAUUUCUGUCUUUAAAGUCGAUACCUGGACUUGCUUGAAGGAUAUUUCCAUUUUGGAUCACACCACUGCAAUGGGUUUAUACAUGAUGACCCACGUGCACAUGUUGCUGCUUCUUUGCUCGUCUUUGUCAAGCGCUGCCCCUGCUUCAAAGAGCCUCGUGGUUUCGGUCAGGUCCUCUGUCUUAGAGCAGCUUGGUAGAGAAACCACACUACCAUGCUGGCUCAAUCCACCACAGAGUGCCGAGGCUCUGGAGGUACGCUGGUACCGCAAUGACCGCUUCGAUACCCCGAUCAUAUUGUAUCAGAAUAGAAAGAUGAGCGCGAACAAGGAUGCUUCGUACGUGGACCGAGCCUCGUUUGGCCUGAAGGACGCAGCAUCCGGUGGGCUGGCAGCAGGAGACGUGAGCAUGAAGCUGCUAAAUGUCGGGAUUGAGGACGAGGGAGAUUACAUUUGUUACGUGAGCAGUGAUCAGGGUUAUGACCGUGGAAGUGUCAGUCUCAAGGUGACAGAAACAGGAAACACUCCGCUCCUGUCGAUGGUGUGGGCAGAACAAAACCUGGUGAAUUUGAGCUGUGGAUCUGAAGGCUGGUAUCCGAGGCCGAAGCUGCACUGGGCCGACCAGAAGCAGAAUCUGACCCCAAAGAGUUUGGAGUACAGCAAAGUCUCUUCUGGUCUUGUGUCAGUCCACAGCUGGGUGCUGGUCCCAAGCUCCUCGGAGGUUUCCUGCUCAGUGGGUCUCUCUGACGUGGACAUGAAGGAGGCAAGAGUGCGGCUGGAAAUCCCUCCUCCACCUGCCAAACAGGUGGUUCAAUCUGCGCCUGGAUUGGUGGCUGCAUUGGUGAUCUUCAUUCUACUCUUCUUGGCCGCAUUAGCUUUACUUGGAUGGCCGUACAUCAAAAAGAGAGUUUUCCAGAAGAAAGGCAAAUCAGAGGGCAACCAAGCUGAGGAGAAUAUGAAGCUUUUACAAGAAGUUGAGAAGGCAGCUCUUGAAGAGGCUAAAAAGCAUUACGUAAAUAUUGAACUUGAGGAUAAAGGAAAUCCAUACAUCACAAUCAAAGCUGGUAUCUUCAGAGACAAAAAGCAUCCUGAUGUAACAGCAGUUACCUGUCUCACAGCGAUAAGGGGAACCCCUGGCUUCACUUCAGGUCAACACUACUGGGAGGUUUCUUUGGAGAAUCCUGGAGUAAAGGUUAAACAGUCCUGGUGGGUGGGGGUAACGAAGGCAACUGACUUCCCUCUGCAGGGUGAUGCUCCUUCUAGCACUUCAAAUGGUUUCUGGUUCCUGUCGUCUUCCCCUGAGAGAGCAGACAGCUUUCAGCUAAACACAGAACCAAAGGUUUUACUGCCUGUUCGCUCAAGACCGACAAGAGUCGGUGUAUAUCUGAAUUAUGACGGCGGAGAACUUUCCUUUUAUAAUGUGGAAGAUGAAUCUGUCAUUGGAUCUGUCACUGCUAAGUUCCAGGGUGAAGUCUUUCCGUUUUUCAAUCCUGGUAAAGGUGACACAGGAACUAUGAAGAUAUUAAAGAAGAUAGAACAGGGUGCGUGUAAUGACACAGGGAACGAUGAAAGGGCACAAGAGCCUGAAUCUUAAUAUCUUCUGAAUCUAAUAUAAUAAUUAUAUAUAACCGCAAGUAAUCUCGAAAAGCAUCGAGGGGCAAAUAUAUAUAAUAUAUGGGACAUCAUCUGAAGAAGGAUACUUGUCUCAUCAAUACAAGCUUUAGAUUGUUUCUCUAUUGUUUGCAAAGCUUUCUUGGAAAAUGUGUGUAAUAAAUGUCAAUAUUUUUAUCAGCUCCUAAAGCUAAUCACCUGGACAUACACUCCCAAGUCCUAUUUCUACAAAGUUUGGUGAAAAUCCUUCCAUGAAUUGUUGAGUUAUUUUGUACAUACACACACACACCAGAGAAAACAACACCCUGCUUUCUGCUGACUCAAGGUUUAAGGUAACCUUCAGAUAACGUUCUUGAUGUUUAUCCGUUUCAUAUUUAGUGGUAGUUGUAGUUCUGACUUAAAAAAAUUGCAUGUGUAAAUGUUUUUUUACUGUUUUAUAGUGUUUAAAAAAAAAAAAAAGUAAUUUGUUAAUUUAAUUUAGCAAAGUUUUGUGUGCUCUGCAUGUUAUACAGUAAUGUAGCUAUUAAAAGUAUUAGUUUGAUAUGUAGUAUUAUUCUGACUGAAAUAAUGAAUAAUUAUAUUGUGUGUUUGAUGUUAUAUUUGAUGUGUUCGUCUUUUUAUGCCGUCCAUUUCAUUAAGUUAGUACUUUUCAUUACUGUCAGCUUUUUCAAUAAACUCAAUGAAUCUGA